AGCGUGUUCAAAACUUUCCAGGACUCCUUCAGUGUUUACAGCCUCGCAGCUUUCAGAACAUGAACGUGAAAAUGAAAGUGAGAGCGGGAAGAGAAAGCAAUGACAUCAUCGCUGCACAGAGAUGUUUUACAGUUUCUGUUUUGAGUUUCUUAACCAAUCAGAGCACUUCUGGUUGGUUUUAAUAACAAUAAUAACAAUAAUAAUAAUGAUAAUGAUAUGAAGGAGAGUCGGUCUAAGGUCAGGUUCUUCUCUCUCAUCAGAUCUGCUGAUUUCAGGUGUGCUGUCAUUAUUUCACUGGAAGUAAAAUAAAGUGAAAUGUGAGUGACAGGAACACGUUUAUACACGAGUCUGAUGUCGUCCUCUCGUCCAAACGCUGAAAACUAACCAGUCUUUAAUAAUCUGAGCACACCUUCAGCACCUGCAAGAUCCACCAAUCGGCGCCCAGCCUCACUCACCGGUCUGAAGGUACUUUUGCCCAAGAAGGAAAAUGAAAGACGGACUUUCUUUUCAAUAUUUCCGUUUCCUGUUUGUAAAAUAAAAGCCUGAACUCUGCUGCCAGCAUGGACACACACUCUCGCACAGCAUCUUCAUCGUUUUCGUCAUGGUCACCUGGACCGGCCUUCUCUUCGUCCUCUGCGGCGCCCUGACCUCUGCCCUCUGCUGUGAUUGGCUCACACACUACAAACAACCGAGCAAAGAAGCCCGGGACCUCCUCACUCUCAUGGGCGAUCAGCUGACUGAACAGCACCCUUCAGGUCAUCCGGUUCGAUUCCCAAAACAUCUCUACAAGCAAAUGAGAAACUCUGAAGUGGAGUCAAAGCUGGUUUUCAUCAGAGACAGUCUGCAGCUUAUUUUCUGUCUGUAUCGCCAUGACAACCUGUCAGCCGCUCCCUGGGGCGCCGACAAGACGGAGGGCUUCCUGACGGUCAUCCACAGACAGAUCACGGAACUGAGCGCGUGUGUUUCGACCAACAGUCCAGCCAACAGCAGACUGAGGAGCUACUACAGGACUCUGGCCAACAGUACUCUGUCUUGCUCUGGCUGCAGUACUGCGUCGUGGCAGCUGCUCAGGAAGGAAACCAAACUGCGCCUGGAUCAGCUGGAGCUGCUCGUUGCCUCCAUCAGAGUUCCAGCUUCUGCCAGCAGGAGGCGCUCUGCAGCAACGCAACAGCAACGUGACGCUGACACAAUAUCUGAAGACUGUUUCUGAUGUUCCUAUCUCUAUUUAUUUAUGUAUGUAUUUAUUUAUGUAUUUAUUUGGAAUAUUUAUUUAUUUUUCUACAUAUUUGUUCAAACACUGUUUGUUUGUUUAUUUGUUACUUCGGAGUAACUCAGUGGUUUAAGUACAGAAACUUUGUCUUUAGUCACUCUGUCACUCUGAAUUUUUACUUUAGAUUGGUCUUAUAUAUUUAUUUUUUUGUAUUAACAUUUCAUGUUUUACUUUUUUAAAAUUAUUGAAUUAUUAAAGUUAUUGAAAUAAAUUCCAUCUCAUUUAAACUGAGCUGCAUUCAGUGAUUGUAGGGAGGAAGAACUCCUUUUUAACAGGAAGAGACCUCCAUCAGUAGCAUGCUCAUGGAGGGCUGCUCUCUGAUGGGAUGGAGAAUGCAAAGAAGCAUUCACGAACAAUAAAACAAUGAUCUUUACUCUUAAUGAGAUCCAUUUCUA